AUGCAUAUGGCUUCAAGAUUUGGCUACAAGAUUGCACUGAGGCCCACCCAAAAAUGUUCCAGGAAGCAACUACGAUAUUCUCUAAGACGCUGCGCGGUACACGACGCAUCGUACAUGCAGGUGUAUCGCUUGCCUGUUACGCCUUAUUUAGCAAGGUUAGUUCCUACGACUUGCCUACCAGGGGUUAAUAAUGUUAUGCUAGUGGAUCAUCUGGGUCCUGCCGAGGUAAUUAUAGGCGAGGACGAGUCGCACCUUUCUGGUAAGAGCGCUGACGAGUUUACUAUUAUCAUUCAUCCCUGUAUCCGGCCAACAUUUGAAAAGUUAGUUCAAAACAUUGCCAGGCACACACGUGUGCGGCGCUGUGAUUUGAUCUUAUUUGAGCUGUAUGGGCCGCAAAGCCUUGCAAUACUGCGCUCCGCCCUUAUGGCAGGUGAUGUCGUUGUGAAUCAUUCGGAUCCUUUGGUAGUUAAGGCGGCGCGUCGGAUUUUGUCGGAAGCGCCGAACGACAGGAAAAUUGUAUACGAGAUCAACAAUGGCAAGAGCUUUGUGAUUACGGUGAACUCAGUGCCUCAGAUAUUAGGACCAUUUCAUGAGCCGAGAAUGCAAAUGAAACAGGUCGCUUUUGAUAGCGAUUUUGAUAUGGUGAAGUACAUCGCAGAAAAAAUGUGUCUGAAGAAAAGCGAAAGUUUGUCGUUCGAAUCUUCUCUAAUUUCACGACGGCUAGGAGUAGUAGUGCCUGGUUUGAAUGAAGAUUGCCCGAACCAGAAUGGUUUAGGAGUGGAGACCGCAGAGACGGAAACCGCAGAAGUGGUGGCCGCAGCGGGAAAAGUUCAGGGGUCCCUGACGUAUAAGCUGUCGUUGCGAAGUAAGAAGAGAAAGGACACGGCCAAGGCAGCUAAGCAAAUCAAGUCAUCCGGUGGUGCUGUACCUAUUAAAGCAACAACUGCCGCUGCAGCUGCAAUAAAAGUGCGGUGUAUGAUUUGGUUCAACAAUGUCAGUAGCGACUUGGUUCGUAUCAAGAUUAUGAUGCCCCGAGACACCAUCGGUCGUAGUGUUUGGAAUCUGAUAAAUAGAUAUGGAGCCGUUCCCCUCGGAUUGGAUGAUAGAGAGAAGUUGUAUUCGACUUAUGACGUGUUCCAUUUUCCUAGUCACCAUAUAUACAGUCCGGUGGCCACGGCGUUGUGGAGCAAACGAAGUGCAUUGGAGCGAGCGAAGUGGGAGAGCAGCCCGCCGGGCAGGCGAGUAAACUUCGACAAAUUGAAGCGGCGUGUCUUCUUUCCUUUCGGACUAUCGUGGCUUUCGGAGUGUGGUGGUUCUCGAGAAACCGAGGCCGACAGUGAUCAAGUCGACACCAGUGCCCUGGAGUCAAAUCCUGCACUCAUGAGAGAAAGGUUGUGGGAUCGAUACAGUCCUUACAUAAUUCACUUCUCAGGUCGAGGGCGGCCUCGGAUUCAUGACUUAAUUUUCCCAGAUGGAAACGCAGGCAAUCAAAUCAACGAGGUGAAUAUGGAGGUGGAUACAGUUGAGGAGGCGGAACGUCAUGAACCCGAUGGCUCUAUCGGGUUCAUUAUAGAUGGCUAUCACAGCCUGCACACAGGUCAUGGCCAUGGUUUAGCAUGGAUCCGGAAGGGCAUAACCCCGUCGACGGUGAGCAUCCGUUGUCAUACAUCAGGGCUGGAUUACCAACACGUUAACGUCUUGCCUGCGCCAACAUCCCUCCAAUAUUUAUAG